AUGAAUCGCAUUGGUAGUCAGAAGACAGUGCGUGAUCUACAUCAAAAUCUAUUUCCCACAGGAAGCCGUUCAUCGCGAGUGACUUUCCCAGUGGCAAUACCAAAAGAAGAAUCCAGUGAUGGUAUCCGUGGCCUCCAGGCAACUCAGCUUUGUACAUUUCCAAUAAGGCACAAUGAGUGUACUGGUAUCCUUCCAGCAUACACAAGAUUCUUCUCCACAUUUGCACGGAAUGGUCGCAAGAACGGCAAGCAAAGACGAAGAAAACCAUCCAAAUCUACUGUUCAUAAUGGAGCUUCGGAACGAACAGUCCGUGAUACCACCAAUAAGAUACUGCAGCUGGGCAAUGCCGCUCGAACUAGCGCCAUGGAUGGUGGCGAAUCGAUAUCCAAUCUCCAAAGCAAAGUGGCGUCGAAAUCGUUUUGGAUGCAAGACAGCAAACAAGUUUUGGAAUGGUGGUCACGCAAGGGGACUGUGCAAAGUGUGGACGUGUCCUUUCGACUGUUGGAUGCAUUGGCAGAUCUCUCGGGUCUUGCAGCAUCCGAUACUCAGUUGUGGUCGUCACAAAUCUUACAUUCCAAAGUGCUCAAUCAACUGUUACGAAACUGGCUGGUGGCAUGGGUGAGCGACAACAACAAUAUUUAUCAAGACAAGGACAACGACGAGACUACUACUACUUUCAUCCUACCAACACCACCAGCCAUGUUGGAAACGCUGGAAAUUUACAAAAGAGACAGUUAUACUACAAGCAAAACGAGGCAAAAGUUUCGGCCUGAUUUGGAAAGCUACCAAUUGCUCAUGGAAGCAGCCUCUGCACGGGCCAGUGUCCACGUACCCACUGAUUUUCAGGAAUCCUUGGUCCGUCAUCUCAUGAAACAGCAAGACGGUAAUAGUAAUGAUAAUAUCCAACCAGACCUGAAAAUGAUGGCCCACAUUCUGCAUGGAUGGAGUACUCAAGGAAAGGCGGUUACCCCGCAAGAACUGAACACGGUUUUGGAAUUGUUGAAGGAACAACUGGACAGAAACAAUACAAACGACAACCACCGUUCUAAAAACAGCAAGGAGGAACCAGUGGAUCUCUUAAAUCAAGCCUUGUUUGCCAUGUCCUGUACCAAUUCCAACAGCAAGGAUUCCCGCGACGCGGAGAAAAUGCUAUCCGUUCUAAACUACAUGGAGACGACUAUGGCUUCUGCAUGCGAAGACGAACACGUGGGCAGGAGCAUACAUCCAAAUGUGGAAACAUACAACCUCGUGUUGAACGCCUUUUCGCGAGCUGGAAAGGCAGCCCAAGCCGAAAUGGUGCUGCGGUCAAUGGUGGAUCGAUACAUUCAGGCUCACGACAACAAUCCACAGCAACAGCAAGGGGAUGAAGCAAUUUCAACAUCGUCACGUUCAAAUGACAAUGAGAUUAAAGCCAACGCCAAACCAAUCCCUAAGAGCUUCACCAUUGUCAUUGCGGCAUUUGGUAGAUCCGAAGAAAACCAUGCUGCGGAAAAGGCAGAAGGGAUCCUGCGAUGGCAGCAAGAGUUGAACGCUAGUGAAGGACCGCUGCAGGGCUCCCUGGCUCCCGAAACGAUUACCUUCAACAAUGUAUUCCGAGCUUGGUCGUGGCGUCGCAGUGAUAUUGCAGUGGAACGGUGCGAGAGACUCCGCAAAGAAAUGUACCAAAACAAUUUGAUUCCCGAUCAUCAUACCUAUGGCCAAUCCCUCAAGGCAAUUGCUUUGAGCAAUUUGAAGGAGAAGGGGCGGUAUGCCGUUCAAGUGUGGAGAGAAAUGGAGUUUCGAGGUAUCGAAGCGGAUUCGUACACUCGAGAACACUUUGAAAAGUGUGUAGCUCUGUCUGCCCAACGAGAGCAGCAAUCAUCUGCAGGUGGACGGAACAGACAGAGAUCUCAAAGGGCGGUUUCAGCGGUUGCAAGGUCGACAAGAUGA